CGCAAUUUCAACCCCAACAUUUCAUUUGACCGUCUGACGUGGGCAUCAGAUGAUUUUUUUACUGACAUUGAUCCAGAUGUACAGGUAGUAAGUGCCAGACAAUUACCGAGAAUACAAGCAUGGGUUGGGCUUGGUCUUUCAUACCUACCUCCACGCCUAUAUCUUUUCUUUUCGCGACGGAAACCAUCCCGACGAGAAGUCUCGGGCUGGGCCCGGCUCUCCUGGUCGGUAUAAUGGGACUAGUCCCCGAUGAUUGGGAAUGUUCGAUAACGCCAUAUCAUAUGCGUCCGAAUUCUGGAGAGCCUAAUCCAUGGCUUGGAGGCCCGGUUUGACUUCCCGACCACUUCGUUCGGCUACGCCACUGCCCGAAUUUUAAGUUGCCUGAUUUUACUUCCCGGGCGGGCACAGAAGUCUACCAUCUAUGACCCCUGCAGGCACAUUUUGAUAGCUACCUAGCCGAUCUGAUGGUCCGGCAUCAAGGCUUAUACCAGUUCGUAUAUGCAUAGCGCCAUGGCUGCUCCGUCUUAUCCGGGACAGCCCCAGGGAAUCCUCUAUCCACCGACUCGGUGGAUCUAACGCUUCGGGCUGAGUGGCCGAUGCUCUUCCUUGAUGACCCACUAAAGCAUUUGGUUUCCGCCCAAAGCUGGGUGAAAGAAAGAAAAAUGAGCAGCG